AAUCCAGUGUUUCUCUUUCUUCAGCCCUGCUUCGCUUCCUUUCUUUUGAAACUGCCUUAGAAAAGUGAGGCUCGUUUCAGUUUAGCCCCAUCUCUCCCUUCCUUUUCCGUUUUCAUUUAAAAAGCACUGAGACGUCGAUGAUCCGAAAUUGUUUCUUCCUUUGAAAAUAAAAAUUUUUCCAAAUCAAUUAUGCAUUGAAUUGGUAUCUUUCACGAUGACAACCGCUCAUAUUACUCCUCUGCAGCAGGACCUUUCGGCAUCGGUCACAACCACAAGCCCGGUCGCCCAAAUACAUUGCAGUGCCCCGGAAUCUUUAUCGUCCGGUCAUACAAGUGCUAGCGCGGAACAUCGUCGGUCAGUCGACCCAUCGGCCGUCGUUGGCGCCAAUUUCCCCAAACAGACCAAUCGCCGCGCUUCAAUUUUUAGGAAGUUGGCGGGUCCACGCGAGAACGCAAAGCGUUUCCUCCGCCUGGGGGGUUCCGUCCGCGCCCAGUCGCCACCAUCGAUCCGCUCGAUGUCCCGUACACAGCGUCCUCGUCCGGUCUCCGAGAUCGUAUUGUCUCGCGAAGAUGCACGAAUGCUCGCCUCUGCUAGUUUAGGAGCCGGUCUAGGAACGGGUAGAAUGCGCUCCCACUCCUCUUCUACCGGAUCGGUAAAUCAGUCCUCUGCGGGGUCCGUAACGAGUGCGCCAUCAUCGGACUCAAUGGGGCCAUUUCCGACGCUACGUCACGAGAAAAUUGUUGCAACAGGAAGUGGUAUCACAGUGGGUAUUGCCCUCACGGAGCCUGUGAUAUACCUGCAGGGAUACGACCAGAAUGACCCAAGCACAAAGAAAUCAGCCAUUUUACGUGGCCAGUUGCAUCUCAAGGUCACCAAAAGCGUUAAGAUUAAGAAGAUAUCGAUCUGCUUCCGUGGACAUGCACAAACCGAUUGGCCCGAAGGAAUACCACCUAAAAAGGUACAUUACCAUGAUAAGAAGGACCUGGUCACCCAUUGUAUGAUAUAUUUCAAUCACGGUGAUUCGGUUCUGACGCCGAACGACUACGGAGCAAACUUUUAUCAGCAUGCUAAACCAGUGACCUCCGUUACUGGAAAGGAUGGUAGCCCAGUAACUGUUACUCGCGAAAUCUUCUCGAAAUCUGGAUCCUCAACCUCUCUCAGUAAUGGUCAGCCUACGAGUAAGGAGCUAAAACGCCUUUCUCUUCAAUCCAAUCACUCUCGCAGCUUCGGGAAGAACGAUCCUCCCCCUAGCGCAGUCGCCCAUCCACAGCGCAACUACCGCAUGUUUCCUGUCGGUGAUUACUUGUAUAGUUUCGAGUUCCCGAUCGAUGGCUCCCUGCCAGAGACUAUCAAGACAGAUCUGGGAUAUGUCCGGUAUGAUUUGGAAGCCAUCGUGGAACGAUCAGGCGCGUUUCGACCCAAUCUCCUAGGUAAUCUUGAAGUGCCGGUCAUUCGCACGCCGGCGGAGGGCUCCUUGGAACAGGUCGAGCCGAUCGCUAUUUCUCGCAACUGGGAAGACCAAUUGCACUACGACAUCGUUAUCUCAGGGAAAUCCUUCCCCUUAGGCAGCCAGGUCCCCAUUGCAUUUAAAUUAACCCCGCUAGCCAAAGUCGAAUGCCACCGGAUUAAAGUCUACGUAACGGAAAACAUACAGCAUUGGACGGCAGACAAGAGCGUCCACCGCUUUCAGCCGGCCAAGAAGGUGCUACUGUUUGAGAAACGAGCUGAUUCAGCUAGCACGAGUACGUACCCAGGCAGCUCAAUGCGCGUCACAGCAGGUGGUGGCAUUGACUGGGAUCAUCGCGCUGCUGCUGCGAGGGGCGAUGAAGUUGUGGACCGGAACCGGACAAAUCUUUUGGGAAAUUUAGCCAGCGAUUCCGGCGUCGGUCCGACCGAAAUGGAGUUUAAUGUUCAGCUCCCGAGCUGCUAUGAGAUGAAAAAUCGGGAUGAGUCUCACAGGCUACACUUCGACACAACGUACGAAAACAUACAGAUUAACCAUUGGAUCAAGAUUGUCCUUCGUCUCUCUAAGGUGGAUGAAAGAGAUCCGAGUAAGCGAAGACAUUUCGAGAUCUCUAUCGAUUCUCCAUUCCACCUACUUUCGUGCAAGGCCACACAGGCCAACAUUUAUCUCCCAGCGUAUACCUCGCCAAAUUCGGAUCCUGCGCCGCCUGCCCAGGAAUACGAAUGUGGGUGUCCAGGAGCCGCCGCGCUCAAUAGAGCCAGCAGCUCGACCGGCCGCUCUCCGACUUCCGAAGCAGAGGAGCCGCCGACUGGUAGAGCAGUUUACCGUAGUUUUACGAAUGGCUCUGGCGGCUUGGCACGACCUCCUCAAGCGCAUUUGGCACAUGAGCCAAGCGACCGUGCAGAUGAGCCUCCACCGCGUCCUAUGCAUCUUCUCCGCACCCCGUCAUUUGCUCCACCCGCGUUCGAAGAUGUUCCGCCACCGCCACCUCUCAUAACACCACCCCCUGAAUACACUUCUAUUGUCGGCAACAACGACCGGGAGACGGUGCUGGAGGACUAUUUUUCCCGGCUGUCGUGCUAUGAGGAAACUGCCGAUGACCCACGGGGUCUCGGACGGGUUGAUGUGCCUCUGACCCCUGGAGGGCGGGUGAACCGGAGUAUGGACGUCCCACGGGAGUGGGUUCGCUUGGAUCAGUCAGCCGUCUAAGCCGUUAGAUGGCGCUCGGCUAGAUGUCAGUCACGGAGUUACGAUAUCAUGAAUUAAAUGUAUUCUUUUCAUCUUGAAGGGGGUCCCCAGGUGCUUGAUGUUACACCGGAAAACUCCCCUUGACGGUAUCAUACGAUUAGCGCUGUACGCUGAUGGAUUAUAUUUGUUAUAAAUCGGGUUUACAGGGUUACAAGGCGCAGAAGGACAAGGAUGAUGGCCGGCGCUGGAAUAAGGAGGGCAUCAUCAUGAGCGAACUUGAUUUUCUUGGAUUUUCUUUUCUAUGCUAUACAUCUCUCGAGUUCGUUAUGUCUAUGGCUCUCAAACAUAUUUGAACUAGCGAUUGAUGCAAUUCGUUUCAUAAAUUUAUAUGUUAUUCAAGUAUAUAGACCGCUGUUUCAUCAUCAUUUAGAUCGUGUAAGUACAUAUGAACGCACUUCGACUACCCAUCGCCUCCAACAGCAAAUCUAC